AUGUCGUUUUUUGGAGUAAACGUCAAUCCGUUUUCGACUCCUGUGGGUCAAAAAAUAGAGCAAGCCACGGACGGUAGUUUACCCAGCGAAAACUGGGCUCUUAAUAUGGAGAUAUGCGACAUUAUUAAUGAAACAGAAGACGGCCCGCGAGACGCGAUUAAAGCUAUUAAAAAACGCCUCGGUCAAGCUGCUGGAAAAAAUUAUACUGUGGUUUUAUACACACUUACUGUUUUAGAAACAUGCGUUAAAAACUGUGGAAAACGUUUUCACACACUAGCUUGUUCACGUGAGUUUAUAUUGGAACUUGUAAAGAUGAUUGGACCAAAAAAUGAACCACCAACAGCUGUUCAGGAAAAAGUAUUAAGUUUAAUUCAGACAUGGGCUGAUACUUUUCGUCAUCAACCUCAUACGCAAGGUGUUGUCCAAGUUUACCAGGAAUUGAAGGCUAAAGGAAUGCAAUUUCCAAUGACUGAUUUAGAUGCCAUGGCUCCUAUUAUUACACCGGAACGGAGCGUACCGGAAGUGACGUCCAGUCCCAGCAUUACCCAAGGAAACGAGCGUAUAAGUGUUGCUGGAUGUGAUGCAACUGCUCUGCAACAUCAAGCACAAAUUCAAGCAUUGCAGCCUGUUCAAUUAUCGGAUCAAUUGAUAGCAAAAUUACGAAGUGAGCUUGAGAUUGUCCAAGGCAACAUGCGUGUCCUUGCUGAAAUGCUCCACCAUUUUACGAACCCAGAGCAACAAAAGCCCCUGCAGAUCGUUGAAACUCGCCCCGACCCUGCGGAUUUGGAGCUAAUGCAGCAGCUUUAUGCGACUUGUAAAGCAAUGCAAGAGCGAGUCGUUGAUUUAAUCGGUCGUCUUGUCGACGACGAAAUGACUGCUGAGUUAUUGCGUAUAAAUGACGAGUUGAACAAUUUGUUUUUGAGAUACUCGCGUUAUACAAAAAAUAAAACAAUCCCAACGGCAAGUGCAAUUCUCGCCCAGACAUUAGGCCCGCCAAGUCAAGUACCGCAUAAACGGCAAGAACAAUCACUUAUUGAUCUUGAUGAGGACUCUGUUAAUGCAUUAGAGGGUGCUAUAGGCGAAAUAGGUAUUUCUGAUAUGGCUGAUGGUCGAGACAAGGGAGUGCCUUCUAAAAAUAAACGAGAAGAUUUAUUAGAAAGUGAUGAAUUUGAUAUGUUUGCCCAGUCUCGGAAUGCUACUUAUGAGUCAACAAAAAAUGCCGGAAGUAAAUACGAAGAUAAUAUCGAAGAUUUGAGCGGUAAUGGAAGUCUAAGUUCAGCAAUUUUAAGUCGUGGAUCUAGUUUAACACAGCCAACGACAAUCGGAGUUGCUGGAGCUGGUGCCGGUGCUGGUACUGGUGCUGGAAGAAUCGCCUCAAAUCGAGAAUCUGAUUUCAACGAAAUGGCAGCGUGGCUUGAUGAAAGCGCGACUCCAAAAGAACAGGGCGACCAAGAGUCACUAACAUCUUCGGAAUUUGAAAGAUUUUUAGCCGAACGGGCAGCUGCUGCAGAAGCUUUGCCCAAUUUAUCUACAGUUACCACCGCGCCCAGCACAACGGCACCGGGGACUAACAUUCAGCGACAGAUAAACAAAGAUCAAGAUAAAUCACUAUUUGCACUCUGA